AUGAGUAGGCUUAACUGUUUCCUUGUUUCUAGUAGCAUUGUCUCUUCUUGGGGUGUGGUUGGCCAACUCAUUGGUGUUAGAGACAUCUCGGAUCAUUGCCCAGUUUGGCUUAUGACGGAUAAUUUGGAUUGGGGACCUAAACCAUUUAGAUUUAACAACGAGUGGCUUUCGCUUGAUUCUUUCCUUCCGUUUAUGGAGAAAGAAUGGAAGGAUAUGAAGGUGGAAGAAAGAGGUGAUUUUAUUUUAAAGGAAAAGCUCCGAUUAUUAAAAGAUAAACUUAGAAGGUGGAACAAAGAGGUUUUCAGGAAGAUAGAGUUGGAGAUGGAAGAUGGUGUCUGGGAUUUGAAUAUCGCUGAUGAAAGGUUAGUUUCGAAUCAUCUUGCUUCUUUUGAUGAUAAUCUUGCUUGUAGGAAACAAUCUAGUGUUAGAUUUUGGAGGAAUUUGAAAAUUAAAGAGAAUAUGCUUCUUCAAAAAUCUAGAGUGAAGUGGAUUAAGGAGGGAGAUUCCAAUAGCGGUUUUUUUCACAAGGUGAUGAAACAAAGGAGAAGGAUUAAUCAUUUAGGGUCGAUUAUCACUCCGGAAGGAGUGGUGGAAUCGGUAGAAGAUGCUAAAGAGGCGGUUUUCAAUUUUUUUCAAGAACAAAUUCGUGUAACUGGAGGAGACUAG